AUGAUCUCAACCAUACUCCUCGUGAUCAUCACAAUCUUCCUACCUCCCAUCGGAGUAUACCUCGUGGCCGGCUGCGGCGCAGACCUGCUCAUCAACAUCUGUCUCACGCUCCUCGGAUACUUCCCUGGCCACAUUCACGCUUUCUACAUCGAGUACGUCUACUACAAGCGGAAGGAGGAAGCCCAGCAGGGCAUUAUCGCCGACGGUCCAGCUCCAGGCGUGUACUCGGAUAAUGUCCAGACUGGAGGGCAGAGCUACGGCACUUUGGGGCGGGUUUGA